UCCACCCUUGGAAAAGCAGGAAUUCCUUCCCUCUGGAAAAGCAGGAAGCGCUCCCGGUGCUCCCGAUCCCCCCUCCGGGGGCUCCGUCAUCGACACCGCCUCAUUAAUUUAAUUAAUUAAUUAACGACUCCCAGCCGCUGCUCCCGCUUGGAAAGCGCCGCUGGAAAAGCCAGGCCGGGACUUUUCCCGGAAUCCCAAAAAAAAAAAAAAAAUCCCAAAUUCGGCAGGAGGUGGAAAAAAAAAAAAAAAAAAAAAAAAAAUCCCGGGGAAAAGAAGAGAAGAGAGAAGAUGGCGUGGGAUCCACCCUGGAAUUCUUUGGGAUUUUCCUGCCUCCUCCUGGCCCGCUCCAGACUUUCCCUGGCGCAGUUGAUCGAGGCCACGACGGCGCCUCCCAAGAAGAAGCCGGAUCCGGUGACGUCGGAGACCGUGGUGAUCUGGGGGCUGCGCCUCUGGCAGGUGGUCGGGAUCUUCGCCCUCUUCGUCCUCUCCAUCAUUAUCACCCUGUGCUGCAUCUUCAAGUGCCGCAUCCCGCGCACGCGGAAGGAGAUCGAGGCGCGCUACGCCCAGCGCAAGGCGGCCAAGAGCUACGCGGACAAGCUGGACACGGUGCCGCCCCUGGAGGAGCUCACCGACAUUCCCGGGGCUCCGGUUACAGAAGAAAAAAAAGAGGAAGAAGUUCCCACUGUAUCUGGAAAAGUGGAUAAGGCUCAAGGAAAGAAGGAUGGAUCCAAAGACUCCAAGAAAAAGGAUGGGGAGAAGGAGAAGGAAGAAUCCAAGAAGGAAGGGAAAGAUGGAGGCAAAAACGCCUGA